CUUCUUUUACAUAAAAAAACAUUUAUUCUACUUGGAACUGGCUAUCUAGGAGCAACAGUGCCUACCUCUACAGCACUCACCGCGACCACAUACCCCAGCCUUUAUACCUCAUCAUCGUGCCCGCCGUCCACCCCGUAAUACACGGCUGCCGUCAGGGCACUUGACCGACAGCCAACAGUCUUUCGUUCAACAUUACACGUCCUACGUGAGCUGGCUCAAAUCCCAUACCCCCGCCGCUCGCACUUUUCUGUCAUUUCUCUCUUUGGAAUCUGGGAAAGAUAUCCGAAUCAUUCUCAGCUUACGCUACACGAUUCUUGACCGAGGAACACAACUUCAAUGUCUCAACAGGUCGCCCUGAAUUCAAUAUCGUCCCUCGAGAAUAGAAUCUGCCCGGGCUGCAAGCAGUAUGCCGUGAACGAGAAUGGAGGUUUGGUCGUCGCUUUUGGACAGUCGUUUUUUCAUGUCGACUGCUUUAAAUGCGCGAAAUGCCAUCAACAGGUGACUGCUGACACGAAUUUACUACUGCUUUCAGAUGGCUCGCCAAUCUGCGCCAACUGUUCCUACAACUGUAAUGUUUGCAACCAACCCAUCCUCGACGAAGCCAUCAUGACCGGAGACGACUCAUACCACGCCCAUUGCUUUAAUUGCAAGGUUUGCCAUAAUAGAAUUGACGAACUAGUAUUCGCCAAGACCAGUCAUGGGAUCUAUUGCAUGACUUGUCAUAACGAACGCAUGGCCAAGAUUCGCCGUCACGCACAACGGAAGCGCGAACGGGAGAAGGCUGCUGAAGGCAGCGCAUCAUCCUCGACACGAGAACGCGAGGCACGAGAAUUUCUGGCAGAGAACGUGGUGUCCGAUCGACCACAAGCUAUCUUGCCGAUUUCGUCUGUGCGUUCAAAGCCUUCAGCGACGACUUUUCGUGAUACUCCGUCCAUGAGGAGUCUCAAUCAACCCAGAGAGGACGCCUUGUCAACGCUGGAACGAAAGCGAAAAUCAAUACCACAUCAGGAUGAACCUCCCCAAUCAUCGGCCAAGAAUGGUGGGCAACCGCCGAUCCCUCCCGCAAGCCCACGGCCGAUCCAGCAUAAUCUUCCUACAUCUUCACGAUCAUCACGUGAUGCACAGUCACAAUCAUUCGCAGUAACCAUCGCACCCCCCGACAACAAUGACGGUGGCAGCGCUGAUCGUAGUAAAGGGCUUGAUUCGGGCCCGUCAAGCCCACAGCUAUCAUCUCAGUCUGCAGCUCAGGAUCAGAGUAGUCCUAUAACGCCUUCAGAGGGUCUUCAAGCUCAGGAUGGAGUUGGAGGAACAUUGUUAAGUCCUGUGGAUCCAUCUAGCGCACUUUCCAGGAGAAAGAGCUAUGAUGACGGGGUUCGGCCACUAAACAUCCUCUUUGGAAAGAAAGGACAUGCGGAGAAGGAUUCUUUGGACCAGUCUAGCCUGGGCGUACCGAUAACGAAUGGCGUCACCUCUCGCAGCGAGAAGCGGCGGUCCAUCAACCCAGGACUUGCUCUAGAUUAUAAGAAUUUGUCCCGACCCCCUGCCGCAGCCGGACUUUCCCUGCCAGAACAGAUGAUUCGGUCGCAGACGUUACCUGCAAACCGCAGCGACUCACCCAUUGCUCCAUCUCCCUCCAAGCCAUACUUUUCCGAUUCAUUGUCAUCACGCCGGGCAUCCAAUAUCAGUCUACUUCGUGACAACGCCUCAGGUUCGACCAUAUACCAUUCCCCUCCUCCAUCACCUGCUCCCGGUCCUCUAGAAAAUGGGCGAGCAACACCUGAUAUUCGUAUGCGCUCAAUGUCCCACGACCACCAUCAACCCCAGUCCGCAUCACAUUAUACCCGCCCGACGACCCCAUCACGUCGGACAAAUUCUAAUUUGGAGAAAGUUUCUACUCGCCCAGACUCACAUAAUCAUGCAAGCAACUCAGCUAACGGCCUACAUACUCAGCAAGUUGAUGGGCGUUUAUCCCCUUCUGGCCCUGCGAGCGAGAGAACGCUGCGCCUGGAUAAUAUACCCAGUGGCUCGUUAUCAGAUCGCUCUGGCGUAGUUACUCCAACGUCCCCAUCUCAUAGAGCGGAUGUCCCUCACGGGAUCGAGAGUGGUACAGACACGGAUGUAGAGGGCGAUAGUCGCAGGUCCUCAGACGACAGCCAUUCACCCACUUCUGCUCCUCCUGUCCCACCCAAAGAGUACAGGGCAAAGGCACGCGCAAAUGAGCUCAAGCUGGACAUUGACCCCGAUGUAUCUGUGUCGCAUAUGGAUUCCAACUCGGACGAAUCUUCGCCAGUCGAACGCACAUCUGUAGCAACGUUUAUCGCUCCCGCCCUUCUUCCUCCCAUUCGCUUUUCCAUGACGGGCUCGGACUUCUCAGACUUUCUGAGGUCGGUGGGCGGAAUGCCAUCUCUCAAAUCGCUUGAUCAGAUAGCCGAGGGAGAUGGUAUUGGUAAGGAUGAAUCGUUACCUAGUGCAGCAGCAGCACCUAGUGGCUCCAAUGGCAAGUCACGAAGCCCAGGGGGUGCGGCCAGUGUUGACCGCAUCAACGGGGUUAAAGAUCCUUUGGAGCGAGCUAUUCCUACCGCAUCCCGGCAGCCGCAUGAUCAUCAACGAGAUCCCUCAAGUUCUUCUCAAUUACUCGAUGCUGAGGCGAAAGACCUGCUUUCAAACUUGUCUCACGACUUCUCGUCAAGAAGCCGCUCUUCCUCCGAGUCGCAUUUUCCAUCUCAUCAUAAUCAUGGAGCGAGGCACGAGAGACUCGACUCGACUGCAUCGUUGAAUCCCAAUGCCCGCAUCGUCGUCACUUCACCCGAUUCAACCAUUUCAACACCUGUUUCCAGCGAAUCAUAUGAUCUUGUGAUUCGUCGCCUUCAUGAGGUUCUCGAUGACGCAAGCGAACAUGGCUAUCAGCAAUUAAAAUUGGACAAGAACUUCAUUGGGACCAUUAUUACGACGAUGAAGCAGCGACGGAUAGAGCACGCGGAACUCAAACACAAGUAUGACGGCACAAAGAGGGCGAGUCAGCAAUAUAUCGAUGGUCUUACCGUUGCCCAGAAGGAGCAUGACCGUGAACUUGUGGCUCGACGGAAUGCCGAGGCAGAGGUUACCCGCAUGCGUAUUUUGCUGACUGGUCAAGCUGCCAAGUUGACUGCUCUCAACGGCGAGGAAAAAAGGUCGGAAACACGACGACAGGUUUCCCAGGACCUUGCCAAAAAGCUGGAUCAGUUGGAACACGAUCUGUCCCAUCUGAAAGCGGAGCGAGACAUGACUUUAGCAGAACUUGAAGAGCUAUGCGCGUCAAAGAAUUACCCUAGUGUCACAAGCUCGGGCGAGAUACCUACCGCACAGAUGAGCCGGUCUUUGACCAUGCGCUUGGAUAACAUCAAGACGCAGUAUAAGCACGAGCUCAUUCCUCUCACCCAGCAGCGCGAGGCACUCAUCAGAGAGGUGGGGGAAUUGAAAGCUGCCCGCGAACAGUUCCUCGAGGAGACGACUGUCCUUAACGCUCGAAACGAAGAACUGGCACAGCUCAGUGCUCAAUAUGUGCGUCGAAUAGAGACCUCUCGCUCUACGACACCUACUAUCGAGGCCCUUGGUUCGAAGGACGAAUCAGCAGCAAACUCUGUUCGCGAGAAGAGUACAUCGUUUGACCGUGAACGCCCUCAGCCUGACAUCCCAUCAAUGUCUUCAUCACUCAAUGGCUUGGCAGCGCCCAGCACGAUAACGUUGGUCGAGGAUUCAGAGGCCAAGUUUUCCAAGGCUAGCCGCCCCGAGAUACCAGACUCCUUGCCAUCAACGCUGAAAUCUGCAAAGUUCAAGUGGCCUAUGGGUAGAGGCCGGGAUCCUUCACUUUCGUCAGCUGAUCAGAAAGGCAAAGGUCGAGUAGCUCAUUCCUUCAACCAGUCGAGCGUACUCCGCUUUACGCGGUGUGAUCAUUGUGGAGACAAGCUAUGGGGAUCCCAGUUUCGAUGUUCAGUUUGUCAUAUAUCCGUUCAUCCUCGCUGCUUGAAUCAAGUGUAUGUGGCAUGUUCUCAACAACCCCCCCGUCGAGACGAUGUAAUCACACAACCUCCUCCCUCCAUGUUUGGUCGUGAUCUUGUAGAACAAGUGAAAUCGGACUCAAAAUGGGGUGAACGGAGGGUCCCUAUUAUUGUGGAGAAAUGCAUCGACGCGGUGGAGGCCCUCGCACUGGACUACGAGGGUAUCUACCGCAAAACUGGCGGUACUGGGCAAACCAAGGUGAUCACGCAACUAUUCGAGCGAGGGGACUAUGGGGCAUUCGAUCUGCGCGAUGACGAUCGUUUCAAUGAUAUCUGCAGCGUCACUUCCGUCUUAAAGACAUAUUUCCGUCAAUUACCUGUCCCUCUUUUGACUUUUGACCUUCACGGAGACUUUAUCUCGGCCGCUGGACUUAAAGACGCUGGGCUCAAAAAUCAAUACCUGCAGGAAUUGAUUAACCGCCUUCCCAGCGAGCAUUAUCACACUCUACGCCUGCUUGUUUUGCAUUUACACCGCGUACUGGAACACAGCGACAAAAACCUCAUGAAUGCAAGGAACUUGGGAGUCGUUUUUGGACCCACGCUAAUGCGUUCUUCCGAUCCUGGUUCUGAGUUCAGUGACAUGGCUGGCAAGGCCUUGAUGAUUGAAUGGCUCGUAGAUAACGCACCCUCCAUCUUCCAAUCGCAAAUAUCCCGUUGAUUUCUCACAUUCUAUUCCGGAUGGACUUCCCGUAUGUUAUUGUAUUCUUCGUAUUUUCUCGGGUACUACGACAUUGUCUUUAUGGUUGUCUUCUGCUUUAUACCGGCUAGUGUAUCUGCUCAAUACUUUUAGCGGCAGAUUUGUCAAACAAGCUGCACUUCGACGUUG